GCGGGGAGAGAGACGCAGUGCAACUCCGAGAAGAGUGCUGCUGCCGAACGAAUCUGUUUUAUUUUUACUACCUUGCUUGCAGUUGUUGCAAGCAGUCUGUUAAAGUUCAUGAUCUCUUCAUCUUGUGUUACUUGCUGUGUUAAAACAAGAUUAUCGAGGGUGUGAGGAUGAUGGCGACGGUGCACCCCGCCUCCUCCAGUCUCCUCCCUCUCCUGGAGUCCUUGGAAGACUCUGCUGCGGGACAGGCAGAACAGAUCGACGCCUACCUAACCAUUGCAAACCGCCUCAGUGGAGAGGAUGGGAAGCACUUCCUCCCUGCCGUUGUAAAGCACUUUUCACGUUUGGGAAAAGUUUUGCAGAAUCACAUUGCCAGUCCGAACGUGGAGCUGAGUCAGGCUGCGUUACAGGCACUUGGCUUCUGCGUGUUCCACAGCAACGUGGUCUCUGGGAUCCCAGACAACUAUGCAGAGGAGAUUCUGGUGGCCCUUUGUACUCUGGUUGUGAAGUCCACAGACAAGAACACAUGUACUCGGGCACUGUGGGUGAUGUCCAAACAAAACUUCCCCUCUGAUGUGGUUGCCAGGAAGGUACCAGACAUCCUAAAAACUCUGGAGGCAGUGCGAGCACGAGAAGAUAUCCAGUCUGUCGUCAUGGAACACGAGGCAUUGAAUGUUGUCAUUAGGCUGUUGGAACAGACCCCCAGUCAGAUGGGAGAUGGAGCGGUACAGUGGGCCAAACUGGUGAUUCCUCUGGUGGUCCACUCGGCCUCGAAGGUGCGCCUGCGAGCAGCUGCUGCCCUCGAGAUGGGCAUGCCUCUCCUCCUCCAGAAGCAGCAGGAAGUAGCCGCCAUCAUCGAGCCCCUCAUGUCCUCUAAGCUGAUUCCAGAGCUCCAGAAGCUCUUCUCCUCCAAGAAUGAGACUAAUGUUUUGAAGCUGUGGCCUUUGUUCGUCCGGCUUCUCGGAAAGCUGCUCCACCGAGGAGGCCCCUUCAUCAAUUCCCUGCUGCACCUGGAGGAGCUGGGUUUCCGCAGCUCCUCACCCAUCAUCAAGAAGAUUGCCUUUAUCGCCUGGAAGAGCCUUAUCGACAAUUUUGCACUCAAUCCAGACAUCCUGUGCAGUGCGAAGCGCCUGAAGCUGCUCAUGCAGCCUCUCAGCUCCAUUCAGGUGAGGACAGAGGCACUGCUGCUCACCAAGCUGGAAGUGUGGUGGUACCUGGUAGUCAAGCUGGGGCCCAACCUGGCAGCUAACUUUGAGCAGGUGGGGGUGCCUCUGCUCCAGAGUGCAGUAAGCACAGACUCAACAUAUCAGCCUCUGGCGACUCCCACUCGAAACUCCAGCCAGAAUACCAGCCUAGGACCCACCACACCUAAAGCAGGUCCGCAGGCCUUCAAUGGGUCUGCCUCCACGCCACGCAUGAACCUGAACAGCAGCGUGAACGUCGUGCUGGCCUUCCCCUCCAUCCAGCUGCUGGGCCUGGAGAUGCUGCUGCACUAUCUCCUGGGGUCAGAGGUCGCUGCCGCCGCCGCCAAGAGCAAGCUGCAGCUCAGCCUGGAGCCCCUGGCCCACCCCCUCUUGAGCAGCCCGUCCUCCUUCAGCAAACACGCCAGCGUCCUCAUCUCAGCGGUCAGGGACGGGUUCAUCGCCAUCGGCAAAGACGCCCCAGAUGCCUUGCUGGCCCUGAUUUGGAAGAGCCUCAUGGGUUUUGUCUCCACGACGAUAGAAACCGCAGGCAGUAAGAAGGAUAGACCAGGCUCGGAGGUCCUUGCACUCCUGCUACAGGCCUUGCAGCAGAUUGUUGUCUCGGAGACCCUGCCAGCCCAUCGUGUUCUGGGUCUGCUUGAAGCCACCGUGAAGGGAAUCCCACGCAAGAUACUGGGGUCUGCUGCUUACCAGGUGGCCAACAUGGACGUUUUGAAUGGCACGCCGGCCCUGUUCCUGAUUCCUCUGUUUCAUCAUAGCAGCCUGCUGCACUCCUUUGUGGCAGAUGAGAGGUUCUUCCUGUGUCUGGAGGUUCUGGUUGGCUGUGGUCUCUCUGGCCCCACUUCUCCCCUGGCCUUCAGCGAGUCAGUCCUCGGGGUCAUGAGUACCAGUGCCGAGGCUGUUGAGAACAAGGAGCACCUGUGGAGGAUGUGGAGCGUUGUAGUCAAUGCUCUGACCGACACCAUCAACCAGACGAACGAGGUCAACCAAGGUGAUGCCCUGGAGCACAACUUUACAGCAGUGCACAGUGCUUUGAUGUUUCCUCUCACCAACCUGCUCGUAGGCCACACCCUGCCCCAGAUGACUCAGAAGUCACUGUUGAGCACAUGGUCGAGGCUGUACAAAGCUUUUGCUCGCUGCUCUGCUCUUGUGGCAACAGCCGAGGAAAACGUGUGCUGCGAGGAGCUGUGUGGCAAAAUGGCGGCUGCUCUGGACUCCCAAGCCCUCUCCAAUCCAUCAACACUGGAAGCAGUAGCCAGUAUUCUCCUGGUCAUUAUUGAGUGUGUCGACUUCUCUCCUUAUACUCCCCACUUCCAGCAGAAGACCAAAUCGCCCCACACGCCACUGAGCUGGGUGCGGAAGAAGAACAAGCCCCUGGGGAACCUCACCACCUUCCACACCCUCCUGGUGCAGACGCUGGAGUCCUUCCUCUCACUGGACGCCUCUGAUAAACCUGCUGAGGGCACGGGAGUUGCCCCAGGUGGGCUGGGCACAGUCGUGAUUACCGUCCUGUCCACACUGUUCAGCAGCUUGGCGCUGGGAACAGCCAUCCAGGGGGCCCUGUCCUCCCUCGUCGCACCUCUUGCCCUCCUCUACGAACAAGCCAGCAGAUCUCAAAAUGAGCAGCCAAAAUUCUUCGCCAGCCUUGGAUCAAAGCUGGAGAAGCUGUUGGGGGAGAUGCUGGGCUGCCUACAGACACGUUCCUCCCUGGGUUUCGACGACCAGCUCCUCACCCUGCUAGCGCCCCUACUCUGUGUGCUCUUCCCCCACAAGAGCAAACAGGUCCGAACCCUCGUCACCCAGUUCUGGAACGCCACCUUUGGCAACGCUCUCAUCCUCACCUACCCUGACGACCUCAAGCCCAUUCUGAGCCUGGUAAAGCAGAAGACUCCCAUCAUUUUGCCUGGCUUUCAGGCUGUUGAUGUGCCUGAUGAUUUAAGUGGACAGUACUCUAGUGAGUGUUCCCAGCUGGAGACCCAUGUCAGUGGGGUGAAAAUUGCUUCAGUGGGCAAGAGGGACUCGCUGCUUUCCAGGGCUGGGGAGCUGAAGGAGAAGAGCUCUGGCAUUCAGACCAAGCCUGUCUCUGUGAAGCUUGAUUUUGGUGUGACCCCCAAACCCCCCCGCCGAGAGCUGCUGGAGGAGGAGGCAUCGGUUGAUUUUGUCUUCAUACCCCCCGAAACGAAGGAACGUGUACUUACCGAACACCAGAAAGAGGUGAAGAGAACAAAAAGGGUUGAUAUUCCUGCAAUGUACAACAACUUGGAUGCCUCUCUGGACACAACAGUCUUUUCCCAGUACACUCAGAGCCAGGGAGAUUCAGGGGAUGGUACACCAGCUAAUGUGGAAGCUACCGAAACCCCCAAGAAUGAGCUUCAAGAGGAAAAAACUGAAGAGGUGCAGUCCAAAUCUGCCGAUGUUUCCAUGACAAACGACGAUGGCACUGUGGAGACUGGAGACAACAGUACCGAUGACUGUAACAUCUCAGCCUCCUCAGACAUGGUGUCAGGGACGCCACAGAAACCAAGCAGCCGACGGCAGUCCUUCAUCACCCUGGAGAAGUACGAGGAGGGCAAGACUGCCAGCCCCAGAGUGACCAAAUUCACAGGCCCGCUCACCAGAGCAACCAGAAGUCAGAGCUCCACACAUUCUCAACUGAAAGAUACUGCCUCUCAAGACAGCUCUGGCGCAGAAGACAUGGAAGUGUCAGAAGAGCUCACUCAGCCUGUGCAUGACACUGACGGAAAUGGCAGCAACGACCAAGAAGAGUCCCCAUCUCUGGAAGAGAAGUUGCCAGAGGAGACAAAAACAGAGCAGGCCAACCCUGAGGUACAAGAAGUGGGGAAACGUGACAGGGAAGAUGAGGAUGAUAUCAUUCCCGAUACUCAGAUUCAGGUGGACUGUGCAAAGCCGCAGGUUGAAGUAGAUGAUGAAGGUGUGGUGAAGGAACCUGCACCAACAAGGGACGAGGUUAUUCUUUUGGAAUUGGAGGGUAUUCCUCAGGAUGAGACGUCACAGAGUUCUCAAAACUCUCUCAGCUCGUCUGAGAUCAGGCGCUCUGGCAGACGCAGGAGUAGACCGGUGCGCCCAGGCGAGGACAAAGAGGAGGUGGAGGAGAGACACAGACUGAGAAGAAAAAGCUCUGCUGAAGGGGAGUUGAGUCUUUCGCAGGAGGCCACACCUUUACCAGCUAGUCAAAUAGAUAGCCAGUCUCAAGGUAGAUCAGGUAGGCGUAGCAGAGUAGCUGCCGAGGAACUGGAAGGCAAAGACAAGCUUAGGAAGAGAGGUUCUGCAGAUGAGAACGAGAUGAGCCAAGCUGAUUCACAGCGGGCCUCAUCCACACCUGUCAAACCAACUGAUAGUCAAUCGCAUGGACGAGUAACUAGGAGUCGGUCCUCUGGUCCUGCAGAAGAGGAAUUGAGCCAAACUGGUUCACAGGUGGCCUCAUCCAUGUCUGCUAAUCGAACUGAUAGCCAGUCACAGGGCAGACCAGGUAGGAGGAGCAAGUCAGCUGGUUCGGCAGAGGAAAAGAGCCAAACUGAUUCACAGACGGCCUUAUCCCCACCUGGCAGUCAAAAUGACAGCCAGUCACAGGGUAGAACAAGUAGGAGGAGCAAGGCAGCUAAUUCAACGGAGGAAGUGGUCAAAACUGAUUCACAGGUAGCCUUAUCCACUCCUGCAAAACAGACCGAUAGCCAAUCACAGGGCAGACCAAACAGAAGGAGUAAGGUGGCUGCUCCAACAGAGGAGAUGAGCCAGACUGAUACAAAGAUUGCCACAUCCACGCCUUCUAGUCAAACCGAUAGCCAACCACAUGGCAGGCCAAGUAGAAGGAGCAAGGCAGCUGGAUCAACAGAUGAAAUGAGCCAGAUUUCACAAACGGCACUGUCCACACCUGUUAGUCAAACUGAUAGCCAAACUCAGGACAGGCAAAGUAGGAGGAGUAAGGUGGCUGGUCCUACAGAGGAAAUGAGCCAAACUGAUUCACAGACUGCCUUAUCUACACUUACCGAUAGCCAGUCACAGGGCAGACCAGGUAGGAGGGGCAAGUCAGCUGGUUCGGCAGAGGAAAUGAGCCAACUUGAUUCACAGACUGCCUUAUCUACACUUACUGAUAGACAGUCACAGGGCAGACCAGGUAGGAGGGGCAAGUCAGCUGGUUCGGCAGAGGAAAAGAGCCAAACUGAUUCACAGAAGACCUUACCUACACCUGCCAGUCAAACCGAUAGCCAGUAUCAGGACAGACCAAGUAGGGGGGGCAAGAUGGCAACAGAGCUGAAUGUCAGCAGCGGGUCUUGUCCCAGCCCUGCCAAAGAGAUGUCAAACUCUCAGUCAGCAGACAUGGGCGAAGGGGCACAGAAGUUCUUCCCAGGGCAAGGUCGGUACAAAACUAGAGGGUCCUCCCAGGGCUUACUCUCUGGUGUUGAGAACUCUGAGUCAGAUUGCUCAGAGACUCAUGAAGAUAGUCUGAAACCCAGAAAGAGAGACUUGAAAAGAAAACUAUUGAACUCCGAGUCAACACCAAGCCCACUGAAAAUACAACAAGUUCAGGAAGAUUCAGUGCAAAAAGGAGAAACCGAUACUGAUCCAGAAGUUGAAGACCUCGGGAAUUCUGAAGUCCAUCAAAAGGCUGAGCCCGAAAAUGCUGUGGGCUUCGAAACAGAAGCAAAGGACACAGAACUUACCCAUACUGAGCAGAACAAGGAAACAAAUCAUGUUACUAAUAUAACAGCUCCUGAGAGCCCUGUCAAGACUGUUGUGGAAACAAAGGCAGAGGUGGUUGAAAGCACAGCAGAGGUGGUUGAUAACAUCACUUCAGAGAAGACCGAGCAGGAAGGUGAAAAGCCCUGUGUUGAGGACCCUUCCAAAGAGCUUGGAGACAUCUCCAUGACAAAGCAGGUGGCACACAGGGGUCCUCACUUCAAGGGGGGCCGACGUCGCCGGCGUUCCAAAGCCCGCAAUUGCAAAGCAACUGUGAGCGACUCUUUGUCUCAGGAGAGUGACGUCACAGAUUCACAGGUCACGGAAGACCUAGGGGAGAGCAGGACCUCGCAGGACCCCGAUGAGUUGGUGUCUGAUGCUGAAUCAGUGCAUCCUCAGCCUGACGAUGUGCCACCCCAGCAGAAGGAAGAUGCCAGCAUCAAUGAUGACGUGUUCUUUGAGCCAAAUGCACUGAGCACCCCAGUCGUCUCUGAUUUGGCUGCAUCGCCGGGUGAGAAGGAGAAGGAGAACAAUGCGACCACAGAGGAGAUGUGGGAGACGUGUGUGUCAGAGCAGUCCAGUAAGGGAGAUUCUGUGGACAUGGACGAGGCCCAGCCAGAGAGUGUUGAUGUGGCGAUGGAGGACUCUAAGGAGCAGAGCGGAGAGGAAGCGGAACCCGAGGAUGUGGAGGAGGGACCUAUGGCCCAGGAGGAGGAACCUGAGCCCCACGAGGAGGGACAUGAGGCCCAGGAGCAAGAUGUAAACAAAGAUGAAGAUUUUGCCUCUGUCCAAGAGCAUAUAGCUGCAGAAGCGGUAGAUGAGGAGGCCAAAUGUGACGAUACCCAGAUAGACAAUGAUGCAGCUGUAGAUACUGUUGAUAAUACUGUGGCACAGACCUUGCCUGAAGAACCACCAGCACUUCAGCAGACCACUGUGGAACCCGUGUGCUUGGACUCUCCCCCUAAGCAAAAAUGCCUGGAUGUUCUGGCGGGAGAGCUGGAGGUGGGCCACAGCCCCAGCAGUGGAAAAACCCGGGGAAUCUGGUCCCCUUCAGCGUCUCCCUCCACCAGCAUCCUCAAGAAGGGACAGAAGAGGCCACUGGAGGUCGAUUCCCCAUCCCCUUUGCAGAAGUCCCGACGAGUGUCCUUUGCUGACCCAAUUCACCACCAAGAGUUGGCUGAUGACAUUGACCGUCGCUCCCCAGUCAUUAGGCUCUCUGCCAGUGGCUCGCCAAGAUCCAAAAACAGCUCCGCCUUAUCGCAGCAAAAGUUCAUCACCACUCCAACAAAAGGCCUGUUGACCCUGAGUCCACGCAACCUGCGGAGUCCAGGAUACAAGAGCUCCAAGAAAUGUCUGAUCUCGGAGAUGAGCCAGGAGCCUAAGCCAAUUCCCAAGGACUGUGUGUACCCAGCUUUAGUCAGCUGUUCCACUCCUGUGGAGGCUGUCCUGCCCCAGAUAACCUCCAAUAUGUGGCCUCGUGGAUUUGGCCAGUUGGUGAGAGCCAGGAACAUCAGAACAGUUGGAGAUUUAAGUGCCCUCACACCAGACGAAAUAAAGUCCCUCCCCAUUCGUUCCCCAAAGCUGUCCAAUGUGAAGAAAGCACUCAAAAAUUACCAUGAACAACAGCGGAAGGGUCGCAACGAUGAGCUGAAAGGAUUUGAUGAAAUGGAAAAGAUGACAUCAGAGCAGGAUGAAAAUGAGCACCAGGAGGAAGAGAAGCCCCCGGGAGAUCAGGUUACAGAUGGAGAGCCGUCAGAUGUCCCAGCCCCACCCCCGGCGGAGGGAAGGUCAGCAGAGCUGCUUGCAGAGGUGGAGGCGCUGGGUGCCCGCCUGACGGCGGAGGAGCUGGGACACUGCUCACCGGGCCAGCUGGUUCUGAUGCACGAGCAGCUGGGGGGUAUGAUGAGGACCAUCGUGCUCCAGCUGCAGACCCGACUAGCCCCCAGCCCAGGAGAAAGCAUACCCUGAUGCUGGCAUGGACGUCCCCCCAUAGAUGAAACCUCAGACUGGACUGAUUUUUUUCUUUUUUUUUUUUUUUUCUGUGGCUGAACC